AUGUCUAAUCUUGUAGAAAAAUGUUAUGAUGGCUCGGACCCGUUGCGAAGUUGCUACAGCCUUCCUUGCCCCGAAAACUACGAUUGCACGAACAACCAGUGUUGCAGGAAGACUUUCGCACCUCCAACGACCGGAGUGUGCCCGUCAACAGAAGGCAUGACUCCCAACUACGAAAAGAUCUGCCGAGAUGACUACGAUUGUGACCCGUACACCAAGUGCUGUUCCUUUGGGUCUGAAAAGUACUGCGUGCCGUCAGUCGAUGUCAACGUCCAAGCCAGAGUCAGAGGAACCUGUUCAGACGGAUCAGCAUCGCUAAUUCUCUGCGAAAAUGGAAAAUGUUCGGGUAAAAUGGCAUGCGAAAAAGGUCGUUGGUGUUGCAACGCGCGUAGUAGCGAAGACAACGAGAGUAAUCAAAAACUGUGUCCCCCCGAUGUCGGAUUUGGGAUAGCUCGUGGUCGAACCUGUCACAGUGACGACGACUGCAACCGAUACAUGAAGUGUUGCAUGCAACGAGGUGUCAAAAGAUGCACUCCUCCUCUUCGAUUCGAAGACGUGUGCAAAAAUGGAGAAGCGCCAAAGUCGAGCUGCGUUCUGGGUCGUUGUCCCUCAGGCUUCAUCUGCAAAAAAUCGUUCUGCUGCAAAAAACGCACCGAAUCACACAACAGCGAUAAGCUUUGUCCGCCCAUCGUUCUACCUCAUCUAAGGGGCAUGCCUUGCUUGAGCACGUCCGACUGCGAAGACGGAGAAAAGUGCUGUCCGCUCCAGCAGAUCAACCGCUGUGUCUCCAUGGCAGCUUUGAAUUAA